AUGGGCUGGUUCUGGAAUUCCUCAUCCUCUUCCAAAACCGAGACCGCAAACCACCCCCCAGCGCCGCCAACCUCAACCCUUCCCCCGCCAGCAGCGCAACCACCAGCCGCCUCCGCUCCCGACCAUGGCGGCGACCGCGAAGUAGUCGAGUUCCUAGCCAUGCUGCAGCAGGCCAGCAAACCGCAGUCCGAACCAGCAGCAACAGCAACAUCACCACCACAACCACCACCGUCUUCCACCCCCUCCAAACCCACCACCACCACCACCACCACCACCACCACCACCACCACCACCACCACCUCCUGGUUCUCCUGGGCAACUCCCAUAUCAACAACCCCCCCUCCACCCACUCCUGCAACAACAACCGAAUCCAACCCCAACCCACCGCGCACCCGCACCCCCCAAUCCCUCGCCAUGUCCGAGCACCUUCUCCCCACAACCAUGUCCUGCCGCGACGCCUUCGACUACGCCUGGCACUGCCACACCCCGGGGUCCCAGGUCACUUCCGUAUACCGCUACGGUUCAGUCCGGACCUGUUCCGAGCUAUGGGACGAUUUCUGGUUCUGCAUGCGGACCAAGUCCUACCCGCCCGAGCAGCGGGCCGCCGCAAUACGGGACCACUACCGCAAAAAGGAAGAGGCGAAAUACGGCGGCGGACGGCCCAGCAGCGAGGAUGUCUGGGAGAGCCGCGACGAGAGGGUUCCGCCGGGCACAGCGUUCCGGACGCCGUUUGAUGCGCCUAUUGUGGAUGACGCAGAGUUUCGGCGGCAGGAGAAUGAGCGGAGAAGGGCGAUUCGGGAGGCCAUGGAUAAAGGCGGUGAUGGUGAGCAGUCGGAGAGGGGGCAAUGA